ACAAAUUCAUUAUGUUGAGGUUAUGCCAGGAAACGUUAGGAAUUUAAUUUUUUCAAAAAAUCUUUAUUAUUUGCUUUAUUAAUUCUGAUUAGCUAAAUAUAUAAGAUUACAUUGUAUAUGAUAUAUACUUAUGUUAUGUAUAUGUAAUACUUAUGUUCCUCGAUAAAAAGUAUUUCAAGUUUCUUUAGUUUCAGAGUAAAAAAUCAGUUACCAGUGAUUAACAAUGAUUUUUUAUUUCUUUAAACAUUAGAAAUUUGUUUAAGCGAAGAUUGUAACAAAGUUGAAGAAUUUGGAAUAAAGAUUAAAUUAAUAAUUUUACACUACAAAAAUAAACCAUGGAGAAAGUAGAUAAUGUUAAUAAAGCCACUUGCAGAGAGUUGUUAGUACGUAGGAUGUUCUUGGCUAUUGGAGCAAGUAUUGUUGUUCACUUUUUGCUAAUGAGUGUAGUUUUGUUAAUCACUAAUCUGAAAAUUACUCAUCCACUGCAAUGGUUGCAAAAUACCUGGAAUGUUAUCACAUGUUUGAGAAUGUGGACUUGCUUUUUUGUAUUUUCACUUGUUGUUUUUCUAAAUGGAAUUGUCAGCAGUAAAGAUUACAUGAAUCCGACAUCUUACGCUAGUAGUCGAUUUGUAAAGUUUUGUCAAAUCUUUAUUCCACACAAUUUUAUGUUAGGCAGCAUUUAUAUUAUUCUUGGAGGUGCACUUGCUUGGCUUCAUUUGUCAGUCGAAGGUGGAAGAUUUGGUUCUCUGGUGAGAAGUUGUGAAAAAAUACAAGGUUACUGUCUUGUUGAAGAGCACUAUUUUCUGUUGCUCAAUGGCUUAUGGAUUGGCCUCUAUUUUUUUACAAAUUCUAGUUACCUUGGUACAAGAAUUUUACAAUUUCCUAUUAUACCUCAGUCCAAGUUAUCUCAAGUUAGGAGAGGAAUUCGUAUAAUAAUUGGAAGCACAAUGAUGGAUGCUCUUUGGCCUACAAUGUACUUUAUGAUCUUCUACGUAGUUUUUGGAAAUUAUUGUAGGCACUUAUUUACCACUCCUUUUCAUUUAUCUAUUGAAGAAGAACCAUUAGAUCAUAUUUCCAGAUUACUAACUGUGUCUAUAAUCUUUUAUGCUUGGCUUCAUGCAGUUCUAUUUGUCUUGAUAGUUCAAAGUAUGCAUUUAUUUUUCCAAGCUUAUUUAACUCAAUGGGUUUCAUUUAAUAUUGAAAAAAAUCAUUAUGGUGAAAAAGGCAAUAUUUGCUUGUCUGAUGCUUUGGCUAUGGAUAUACCAAUUUUACAAAAAUUAGGAUAUUUGGAUCUCAUCAACAUAGCACAGAAAGAUAAAAAUAGACGAGCAGUAUUGUUCACAUUAAGUCAGCCAGGAGGACAUCCAUACAAUUGGAACAGUAUUUAUGGAAAGUGUAUGACUUUAUUGAAGAACUUUUGUAAUGGGAUAAAUGCCGCUUGUUCUACACAAAAAGAACAAGAACCAAUCAUUAAAAAUCCUAUACCAAUUUUAAAAAAUUCAGGAACAGGGAAACCACAUACUUACCAUAUGAGAAGUUUGGUAUCACCUGCUACUCCAUGUUCAGCCAAAAUUGAAGAAAAACAAGUACCAGCUGAAAGCUUCAUCACUCAGUACUUGAAAAAAAUGAAAGAGAGCGUGGUUAAUUAUUUAUUGUCAAAAAGACUUAUUUCUUUCAUAUUUGCAGAGCAAUUUGAAAGUAAAUUAAGGCAUGUAUUCAAUGAAGCUCAAGCUGUCAUCUGGGCUGCUGAUUCAAUCUCAUCGUUGGCAGCAGUAUCACUUGAAGAAGAUCCUUAUGGAAUUGUACAAAAAGAUAUUUCCGAGAUUAUCAAAGUUUUUUUGUCACUGAAACAAUCCCUGGAUAAACUACAGAAGUUGAAUGUCUCAAUUAGAAAACCUGUAAGUGACGACCGUUUUUUAAAGCAGACAUUGACUGGACUUCGAUCGGCUGUGAGGAGGAGUCUUUACAGAAUAAUUUCGCAUUUUAGGAAUUAUAUAGACGAUUUAGCUUUAUCUCCAGGGGUUGCUGACCAGUUGCAGCCAUUUUUCACUUAUAAAGAGUAAUUUAAAAUGUGUGAUUUUCAGGACAUUUUUUUGUAAAAAUGUUUAAACUUAUUCAUUUUAUUGUUUGAUACUUUGAGUAGCAAUGUGAAUUUUUGUAUGUAUUUUCAUAAUUCCUUAAUAAAACUACCCGUUUUUUAUUUAUUUUUCCAAUAUAAGAAAUAAUAAAAAACA